AUGGAGCUGGAGAUGACUAGUGCAAAGAAGAAGCCUACGGUCUCUGUGAAGAAGACAUCAGCGCCACCACCUCGGCUGCUGUCGUCGCUUAUGAAACCGAUCAAGGUGAGGAGCUUCACGAGGGAGGAGAUCGACCGGUACUGGAGGACGAGAAGAAUGGUCGAAGAGGACCACCUCCUCUUUGCCGAGAAGGCGGCGGCCCGGAUCAGUGCCAAGGCUCUCGAAGGGGGCGACCACCAACAAUUCGAGGAACUUCUGAAGGAGAUGUUGGAGGAGGAUGUGAAGGAGAAGACCAGCAGCGAAAACGAGGAGCUACGGAUAGGAAUCAAGGACUGGUGGACCAAGAGCAAGUAUGCCUAUCUGAACCAGCCGGCCAUCAGAUCCAUGGGGGAUAAUGCAGCGGCCGAACGAGCCAACUCCACCACGUAUCUCCCACAGAAGGCCUGCUGUUACUCCCCUCCUGCCAUGUAG